CGGCUCGGCUCGGCUCGCAGCGGCACUGCUUUGCUCUUCUGGGGAUAGCAGGAAGGACUCUGACCAAUGCCCUCAGAACAUGUCUAAUUGGACAAGUCUGUGGUAUGUCUGGUUAAUCUUGCUGACUGUGUUCAUGCUCCUGCUCUGUGGGAUCACAGCAAGCUGCAAGAAGUUCUGCUGCCGGAAGAAGAGGCCUCCAGUUCAGCCCUUCCCUCGGCACCCCUAUGAUCUGACCGUUGUUGCUAUUGACAGCGACAGCACUGCUCACAGCACCAUCACCUCAUAUAGCUCAUUCCAGUACCCUCCGAGUGCCCCUAUCCCUUCAAUAUUUGUGGGUAUGGAUAGGAGCUCUGUAUCCCCUCCAGCUUACAGUCCCUACGCAAUAGAUUUGCCGCCUUCUUAUGAUGAAGCCGUCCAAAUGGGUAAACAACACAUUGAAGUAGCACUGGUCAGCCAGAAACUCAGUGACAUCCCAGGACAGGUGAUGUCAGGAGGGCAGAAUCCCAUCCAGAAUUCACCUGACAUAAUCAACAGAGAUCAAGCAACACAGCCAAAUUCAGAAGAUGAAACACAAGAACAGCCUCAGCUCUAGCUCACUUUGGAUGGGGAGCAAAGAAAUGGAAGGACUAUGAAAGUUAAAGAGGACAUGAAGAAUUUGGUCUUGUAAGACAAAGUUAUGAUGGAAAAAUGAUUAUCCUAACAGAUCGUGAUAAAGGGCAGCAGUUUAAGAGUGCCUAUAAAGGUGGGACAUGGAUGCUUCUUCAUCUCCUGUUUAAGAAAAAAUAACUCCCUGUGCCCAGCAGACGACCACGGGGAUGUUGCCAUCAUGGAAACAGUCAGAUGGUACAAAAAGCAAGUUGCUGCUCCUGAACAGAGCUUUCCCAAACUGGAGUUGAAAGUAGAAUCCUAUAAACUCACACUAGAGAGUCAGUGAUACUCUGUCUCUCUACGGUUUCUUUCAUUUUGAGAACUUUAACUCAGUUAGCUCAGCAAACUGCCGGGGUGCUAAAUUUGUCACUACAUAAUGACAUGUGUUCCUUAAACUGAAGAAUGACUGCAAACAAGGACAGGAAAGUGUUUGGAGGAAAACGCAUUACUUUAUGUUUCACAGCUACAGACAAGGAGUGGAACAGAUAAGAGAGAUUAUUUUUGUUGGACAUAAGACUUGAAGGGAUUGGUUUUGAGUCGUUUUUUUCUUUAAAUCUAUUGUCAAGAUGAGCUGGCUUGCAUGUGGGAUCUUUUUGCUACUUCUUUCUGCCACUUGAACUACAAAUUAGUCCCAAGGAGAUUUCCAUAUUUGGUUGAGUAUUAGUAAUGUGUUUCAAUAUUCAUGUUCUUUGCUGAUGAGCACAGUGGGUUGAAAUACAGCAGGAAUUGGAAAUAUCAAUUGUUUUAGAUGCAGAAAAUAUAUAAUAAUUUCAGAAGAACAUGACACAACCAUCAUGAGAACUCAUGUGACGUCUCACCUGGUGGAUUAUCAGUGUGAGCUUGACAAGCAGUUAACUACAUAGUAGUUUUCCCUUAUUUUUAAAGGCUGAAGUAAACAAGAAGAUAACACACAUGGCAUCAGUUUAAGGUUUAUGGAAAAACUGUGAUACCUAAUCAGUUGUAACUGACCACAAAGAGCUAAUUAUAUUGCCUGAAAAUAUCAGCAUCAAGUUCAUAAUUAUUUUCUGCAGUGUGAAUCUCUCCCAAGUACAUUUCUUCCCAUCUUGGUAACAUUUGCUUGCACUAAACAGGAAAAUCCUGGGGAAUUUCAAAGCAGUCUUGCAAACAUGAGAUACCUCUUGUCACCCUUUCAUGUGUAAAAAUCAAGAUUUAACAGUGGCCUAACCAGGCAAUUCUUUAUGCCACCACAUUACGUUUGUAUCUGUCUUUCUGGUUGUACCACAGAGGAGGGCUAAUUCCUCUUCUGAGUCAUUAUGUGCACACUAACAAACAUGUUUUGAAAGCUUGAUGUAAGAAAUGUAGCAUGGUGUCUAUGUUAAUUAUAGCUAUGAGGAAACCCAGGACACACUAAAGACUCAGCAGACAUGAAAUUAGAGAGAGAGACUAGGAGGGAAAUGUCAAAACCAAAAAUCUUGUAUGUAAAACAAUAAAUGUAAUUAAUUUUUAACAGAGAUUACAUUUCUAUCUCACAAAGAUCUUUAGCAAAUUUUGCCUAGCUCGCAGUUAGCCAACACGUUAUCCCUAUAUUUCUUGUGUUCUGUACUGUCUGUUACGAUAGUAAAUAUAUGUAUGGAUUACUCAAACUUCCCAUUUUUUGUUUCUCAGCACAGCGAUCAGUGGGCUAAAACACUGAACUCUCUACUGCUAGAGAGACAAGGCAGAGCACUCUUGUUAGUAGACAGGAAUAUAAAAUGAGGUGAAUGAAAAAACGGUGACUGACACAAGAGGGCAGUCCUUCGCUUUUCAGUGAAUUGCCUUGUGUGAUCGCUGGGAACUGCUCAGCGGUAGCGCCAAGAGGCAAGGCUCCGAGCCUGGGCUCCGACCAGCUCUGCAGAGAGAGGCUACUUUGCAGUGCAAGGACUGAGUUUGCUAGAGGAAUAAAAGGGGAAUAAAAUCACAAGGGUUUGAGUUCCUUCCCCUGCAUGUUUUUGCUUUUACAAUGCUUCUGUCAUGUGAGCUCUCAGAAAUUCCUGACAGACUACCUACCACUGCAAGGAGACCCAUUCCCUUUGCUCAUAUUUGCUGCUAGGCACAGUAUCAAAACACCAGAUACCCAUGGAGGGUAUUGUAAGGCUCUUGCCUUACAAUGUGGUUCAUUAACUCAAAAUAAACUAUUUCCUUGACCCAAUCAACACACAGGAACACAGGAUUUUCUUUAAACAUUUAGUAUUUAAAGAUUAAAAGCAGCUCAGUCUGCUCCUCACGUUUUCAGUAGUGAUGUCUGAGCCCUUGAUCUGACUUCUGACCGCUGAUAACCAAAGCUCCCCCCGCCCCUGUCUGCAAGGAGGCAGAUUAUUCCCCUGACAACUGCGCGUUAUUUGCAGCUCCACUUAACCCAUUUCAUUUGCUCAAGAGAAUUGCAUGAAAUAUAUCUCUCCAGAUAUAAAGAUCAUAAAUAAAGGCAAAGCAGCGAAAGAUGAUUUCUUGUUAAUGGCUAUAAAAAUAGGUUUGAGAGAGAUUCUAUUCAACCUGCAUUUUUGCGAUGCACCUGUAAAAGGAUAGCAAGAUUUCUUAGCCUUAAUGAGUGGUAAGUUAAAAUGAACUUAGCUUUGAUUAAUGUUUUAAAACUGACUAAUUAAAUCUGAGUUUAGAAUUGAGAUUACUGUUCCUUGUUUCUACCACUGCUUUCCAUACAAAUUUCCAUUUUAACCUUUUCUUUGUGUUCUUUCUAGCUCUGUUUAUCUCUCUGUGUGAGAUCUGACUUCAUGAUCCUACAGAACUCUGUUGAUGGUUGAUGCCACUUAGUGAGGUUCAAACAGGAUACCUUCAAAAGCUCCCAACCUACAUAGGCGUGGUGUUCUUUGUUUCUACCCUAUUGAGGUUGUAAAGGGGAUCCAAUGGAUAGGAUGUUCUGUAAUUGUUCUUAUGUAUGUUGACAGGGUUCCUGGUUUUGUCAGUGAAAGCACUUCUUGCUUCUAUAAUUGCAUUCUACACGACUUGAAAAAAAUAAAACUCAACUGCAGAAAAAGA